AUGAACAAGACUAUAAAGCCUCAAAAUCCGGCUUUGCAUGGUCUUUCAUACAGCAUUUUACUGCUAGUUUUUACUUUGCUAUGUCUUAGGAAAAAGCCAUAUAAUUAUCAUAGAUGCAACCUUUGGCUAACUAUUUCUCAUUUUGCUGUUUUGUGAAGCUUAAUGCUAUCAUCAAUUUUUUGAAUUUCUGACUACCGUUCCGUUCUACUGUGAAUUUCAAUCGAAUAUGCCGGAUGGGCCAUCCUAUUAAUUUGUGGGUUUUUUUUCCAAUGAAGAUACUGCCCAAGUUUAUUGUUUUCAGAAAAGUCUCUUGAUAUUAGCCUAUUUUUUAGAUUUUCUUUGGGCAACAGCGCUUCAGAAAAGACAUUAAUUAUGGAUAUUGUUAAGAAAAGAAAUGAGUUGAAAAAGGAGAUAAAAAAUUACAAAGAAAAGCAAGCACCUUAA